AUGGCUGACCAGGAGCUUAAACAGUUCGCCGAAGAGGUCGAGGCAGUCAAGCAGUGGUGGAAGAGCCCGCGCUUCGCCCACACCACGCGUCCCUACACUGCCGAGCAGGUCGUCUCGAAACGAGGCACGCUCAAGCAGACGUAUCCCUCGGAUGUGCAAGCCAAGAAACUCUGGAAGUUGCUCGAGGACCACGCUUCCAAGGGUACCACCUCGCACACGUAUGGUGCGCUCGACCCUGUGCAGGUAACGCAGAUGGCCAAGCAUCUCGAGACGGUCUACGUUUCGGGCUGGCAGUCGUCGUCGACCGCCUCGUCGACCAACGAGCCUGGUCCGGAUCUGGCUGACUACCCUUACAACACGGUGCCGCUCAAGGUGGAACAUCUCUUUAUGGCACAGCUCUUCCACGACCGCAAGCAGCGCGAGGAGCGAACCAACCUGUCGCCCGAGCAGCGCGCCAAGACGCCUGUGAUUGACUACCUGCGCCCCAUUGUCGCCGAUGCCGACACGGGUCACGGUGGUCUUACCGCUGUCAUGAAGCUCACCAAGCUCUUUGUUGAAAAGGGUGCCGCUGGUAUUCACAUUGAGGACCAGGCUCCCGGUACCAAGAAGUGCGGCCACAUGGCUGGUAAGGUGCUUGUGCCCAUCCAGGAGCACAUUAACCGUCUCAUUGCCAUCCGACUUCAGUACGACAUUAUGGGCGUCGAGAACCUGGUUGUCGCGCGAACCGAUUCGGAGGCGGCUACGCUCAUCACCACCAACGUCGACGAGCGUGACCACUCGUUCAUCCUUGGUACCACGCACACUGAGCUUGAACCCUUGGUCGACAUCUUGAACCGCGCCGAGGCCGAGGGUGCCGAUGGCCCCAAGCUCAUCGCUCUCGAGGAAGAGUGGCUCGCCAAGGCACAGCCCGUCCGCUACGGUGACGCUGUGGCUGCCGAGCUGGAGAAGAAGGGCAAGAAGGCCGAGGCCGAGGCCUUCCGCAAGGAGGUGGUUGGCCUUUCGCUGAUCAAGUCCAAGGCCAAGGCCAAGAGUCUAGGAGUCGACAUCAACUUUGACUGGGACGCCUGCCGAACUCGUGAGGGCUACUACCGCUACCAGGGAGGCACCGACUGCGCCAUCAACCGUGCCAUUGCUUUCGGCCCUUACGCUGACCUGCUGUGGAUGGAGACCAAGUCGCCCAUCCUGGCACAGGCCAAGGAGUUCUCCGAGGGAGUCAAGGCGGCGCGCCCCCACCAAUGGCUGGCGUACAACCUGUCGCCAUCGUUCAACUGGGACGCUGCCAAGCUGAGCACGGAGCAGAUGCAGAGCUACGUGUGGGACCUGGGCAAGCUCGGCUUUGUGUGGCAAUUCAUCACGCUAGGCGGUCUGCACUCGAACGCCUACAUUUCGGACCUCUUUGCCGCCGGCUUUGCCAAGGAAGGCAUGAAGGCAUACGUCGAGCUGGUGCAGCGCAAGGAGCGCGAGAUUGGCUGCGAUGUGCUCACGCACCAGAAAUGGUCGGGCGCCAACUUUGUCGACGCGUGCCUCAACACUGUUCUCAAGGCAGCCUCAACGUCGGCCAUGGGCAAGGGUGUCACCGAGACCCAGUUCAAAUAA